ACCAAAACCCAGCUGGAUCUAACAUAAAAUGGAAUCAAGGGAGGAUAAGGCAGCUGAUUUUGAUGGAGACAUCCAACGGCUGGAAGACAAGGAGACUCUCUUUAUGUUACUCGCUCUACACAUGGAGGAGUCCCCACUCUGUGAGUCUCCAAUUUCUGAACCACGUGGUGAUCAGGUGAUCAAGAUUAAUAAAACUGGGAUUGUCGUGUGCGAGUCCACUUCCAUCCAGCGAAUCGUGGCAAUGGACUGCUCUCGGAAACAGCUACAUGCCGUGCAGCGCGUCAUGAUGAACCUGACGACAAUGGCAAAAGGGUGCAACGUGUACCUCUCCAGGAAACCCUGCACUGAAUGCGCAAAAUGUCUAGUUCAAGGCAAGACAUACUUUACAAAAUCAUUGACCUCAGAGCAGUUCUUUUCCACUGUGCCCUUCCCAAAUGUCCUGCUGCUGGCUGUCGGAAUGAAGAUGUCCUUGAUUCUCAACCAAGUACUUUCUUUCAUAUGA